CAACAGUUUCGGAUCAUGGUGGAAGGCCGGAAGUCUUUUGGGGUCAAGACCCAACAGCACCUCUUCAAGCAAGAAAAACAAAUCAGUGGCCUGAAACAAGAAAAUGAGGAGAUAAACUUACUCUUGGGUCUCUGCAAGUCACCCCGGAAUGUUUUCAUGGAUGACCACAACUGCAUGGAGCUAAAGUUUCUUCUGCAGAGCAAAGACGAUUACGAUGCUCUCAUUAGAGCCACCAAAGCCUUAAUUGCUGAACUGGAUGACAAGAUAGCCGAGAUGGAAAAAAAGAUCGCCAAGCAAAAAGUGGUUAUAAUUAAGCUGAGGCAGGAGUUUGAUGGGAAGUGGCUGCAGAGGCAGAUACACCUCCUGGAGAACCGCCUCAGUCACGUAACGGUUUAUUUUGACAACAUCCUGACCACCAACGCCAAGCUCCGUGAAGAGAUCUCGAACCUGCUGUGCCAGAAGUCUGUUUUUGACGGCAUCUACUCCAGGCUCCACAAGAAACUGGAGCAGCAGAAGAAGAUGAUGGACGUGUCUAUUGAACAGUCCACCAUAGCCUGUGAGCAAAGGGUCGAAGCCCUCGCAAGGAUUUCAGCCAUGAAGGAAAGGCGCUGCAAAGACAUUGCGCAGUUCAAUAUAGAGUACCGGGAGCUGGAACGCGUCUACAACCACGAGACUAAGCUGAAGGCGUUUAUGUUUAUCAAAUUGGUGGACCGUUCGGAAUUUGAGGAGCAGGCCAAGAAGGAAGAAGCUAUCAAGGCCCGGAAGCGGGCCAAGACCAAAGGCGAGAGCUUCGAGAGCUACGAAGUGGCCUACAUGCGCUUGCUGAAACUGACCGAGAACGGCGACGUUGACCAGCUGGUGGAUGACUUCAUCGAGAAGGAGGAGAAGAACUUUGCCUACUUCAGCUACGUCACAGAGCUCAACAACGACAUGGAGAGGCUGCAGAAGAAGAUCGAGGACAUCCAGAAUGAAAUUUGCGAGCUGAAAUCCCAGCAGAAGAAGGCUGAAGAUCUCAUUUAUAGCUCCAUGAAGGAAGUAGAGGACAAGUUGCAGAAGACUAUUGAAGAUGCCAACAUGUAUGAGUACAAGUUGAAAGAGAACAGCAAGGUCCUCGACCACCUGAAAUCGGCCGUGGACUUCCUGUUUAAGCAAACGGGCUGUGACGCGACCAAGAUCAAGGAGCACCUCGGCGAGACCGGGGAGAUCACCAACCAGAAUCUAAUGCAGUAUUUCAGUAUUGUAGAGAAGAAGAGCAACGACCUGCUACUGAUCGAAUCCUUUUUGCGCUACAGAGAGUUGGAGGGGGAGCUGGAUAUGGUCCCGCUGUUGAACCCAUUUCUGGGAGGUUCAGCCUUGCUGAAAAAGCUGGACACCGUUAAAAUAGCCCCGCCGACUGUUUCUGCAGAUCCAUUUGCAGACCUCUUGGAGCCUUUGGAGGGGCCCCUGGACCACACUGCCUUGCGUGGCAUAAUAUUAGAGAAUCAGGAGAAAGAGAGGCUGAGGUCCAGAAAAAGCUCAAUAGAGAGGCUGGACUCUGUGAGAGAGAAGAAGAAGAGCUCCCCAGUAUAGGAGCAAAAAUGCCCCGCUAGGAACUGUGUGAGUUUGUGCUGUUGUUUAACUCCCUUCUUGUUUUUCUGUCAAAUGGGAUCGGAUCCCCC